UUUUUUUUUUUUUUGCAAAUGAAUGACAAAACUUCCGUGUAGAGAGGAAAGACCAUCAAAAGUGGGAUAAAGUGCAUACUAGGGUGGGUAGAACAAGGUGCUACAAUUGGGAGUUGGGACCACCUAACAAAAUAUAGAUACUUCAUACUUGGAUGGCUUGGAAUUUCAGUCACAGUUGAUUCGGAGGAGAGUUGUAGGCGACCGACGGUUGCCUGAAUGGAAGCUCGAACUGAAUGUCAUGUGGUGGCGAUGCCGUACCCCGGCCGCGGCCACAUCAACCCAAUGAUAAACCUCUGCAAGCUCAUCUCCGCCCGCCGCCCCCACACACUAUUCACCUUCAUUCUCACUCAAGAGUGGUACGGAUUCAUCCGCUCUGACCCAACCCCGGAAAACAUCCGGUUCCUCACCGUCCCCGAUGUUAUCCCAUCUGAAAUCGGCCGAGCGAAGGACUUUCCGGGCUUCUACAGAGCCACCCAGACCAAGCUGGAGGCGCCGGUGGAGGAAAUUCUGGACAGGCUGGAGCCACCUAAGCCGAAUGUGAUUCUACACGAUACGUACUUGCCUUGGGUGGUGUCGCUAGGGAUCCGGAAGAAUAUUCCGGUGGCUUCGCUUUACACCAUGUCGGCCACCGUGUUUUCAGUGUUUCAUCACUGGGAUCUUCUUGUUCAGAAAGGCCACACCAAUAAUCCCCAUAUUUCAGAGCUAGUAAACUAUAUUCCUGGAGUUGCAGCAAUUAAAGUUUCAGAUCUUCCCACUCCUGUUAUUGGCAAAGGCAAAGAAUUGAUAGAUGAUGUUCUUAAAGCCUUCUCUAUGGUCCCUAAAGCACAAUACCUUUUAUUCACUUCUGUCUAUGAACUUGAAGCUUCCGCUAUUGAUGCUUUAAGGGAAAACCUCUCCAUCCCGAUCCACCCAAUAGGCCCUGCCAUCCCUUACUUUGGCACCAAAGAACAACUCUCUCCGGUCAUUGCUGAUGAGGAUCAAGAAUCAGACAAUGUCAUCAAAUGGCUAAACGCUCAGGCGAAAAGCUCCGUCCUGUACAUAUCACAAGGGAGCUUCCUAUCGGUCUCGAGCGCUCAGUUGGAUGAGAUCAUAGCUGGCGUGCACGAGAGUGGGGUUAAGUAUCUAUGGGUCGCACCUGGAGGGGACAUAGACACUUCUCGGUUUCAUAGACGAAAUGGUGAUGGGGGUUUGGUUGUGCCCUGGUGCAACCAGUUUACGGUCUUGUGUCAUCCUUCUGUGGGCGGGUUUUGGUCACACUGUGGUUGGAACUCGACGAAAGAAGCCGCCUUUGCGGGCAUCCCGGUUCUCACGUUUCCUAUAUUUUGGGACCAGACCACAAACAGCGAGCUCAUUGUCGGGGUAUGGAAGAUCGGGGUUAAGGUGCAGAAAGGGGAUGGAAGUUUGGUCAUGAGGGAUGAGAUAUGUGGGCUGUUGAGGAGAUUCAUGGAUUUGGAUGAUGAUGAUAUGAAGGAGAUGAGGAAAAGAGCAAAGAUGGUUCGAGAAACAUGUCAAAACUCACUGAAGAAAGGUGGUUCCGCUGAUUUGAACAUUGAUGCCUUCAUCAACGACAUCUCAUAGAACAAUCAUUGCUAGCAUCGGUCUGAUUGUAUCUAUAAUCUAUUUUCAAUAAAAUCAUUGUUAUCUAUUUGAAGAUUUGAUUUUUUCUCAAAACACUGAGAAAAACUUAUGUUAGAGGAACCCGUAGACAAUCUACGGAUUAUUCCGGUUUUGUCCAAUACGGAUAUGGAUUUAACUUUCAUUUAUAUUUUUAGAUUUUUCAUCUUUGGGGUGUUUGGUUAGAUGACAUUUUCAAUUGGUUUUUUGUUUGAAACAGCCCAAAUAUCAAACGCCGAAAUUCCCAGCGUUUAGCAUCGGCGUUUCCUUAUUUUUUCUAUACUGCAUUACUGCCCAUGCCAAGUUCUGUAA